AUGUCGGAAGCGUGGGCCAAGGACGUGUUUGUCGCUUUUCAGUCCGACGGGAGCCUACAGAACCGCAUCCUCGACGCAGCCCACCGAUAUCCAGGAGAACUCCCGGCAUUGUUUGGGGAUAUCGCGAAAUAUGUCCUGGCGACACAGCAAUCAACUACAUCAGCAAUACCAACGACCUCAAAGAAGAGGAAGCUCGACGAUGCCCCAGUCGUGACAAACGGCACCAAAUCGACUGAGAUCUCGAAUCCAGCGGUCUCCUUCGAGUGCAACAACGUCAGCUUCCAAGUUCCAGCACGUAAGAAGUUGAAGAUCGAGCUUGUCGCCGACCAAGCGGACAACAAAAAGCAGGAGGUCAGGCUCGUAGACCCCAAGACGAACGAGAGGGAGCAUACACUUGGAAACGGACAGAUCGAGGAGAUCUUUUGUCUUCCCGUGCCGGAGAAGCAGCAGCGACAAUGGAACUUCUGCAUCUUCCCCCGAUCAGGAGCGACAAAUGCAGAGGGCAUGCCCUGCGAACAGAUGGUCUUCACUUUGAACGAGACCAAGCCAGACGAUGCGACUUCAUCAAGCAGACCCGCAGCGGAAGGGGAUACAUACAUUUCCGUCAUGGAGCGAGAACUCAAUCAGCUACUACAACCAUACGGCAAGCACGUAGUGAGACCGACAGACGCCGAAUUCGCAAGCAGUAUACCGCAAUCCCAUCGCAAAGGGGAAAAGGCAUACCACGUCAAAGCGCACCGAGGAACAAAAGAAGGUGAGACUCAACCCCCCGCGACCUCAAGAAAUACGUCCCACUAACUCGCGACAGGAUACCUCUUCUUCCUCCCAAACGGCAUAGUCUUCGGCUUCAAAAAGCCCCUGUCCUACUUCGCCUUUUCUUCCAUCGAAUCCAUAAGCUACACCUCCGUCCUCCAACGAACUUUCAACCUGGUGAUUGCCUCCUCUGAAGGCCCCAGCGCAGACGCCGAAGUGAAAGAAACAGAAUUCAGCAUGCUGGAUCAAGCGGAUUUCGCGGGUAUUGACGAGUACGUGAAAAGGCAUGGAUUGAACGAUGCUUCGAUGGCGGCGCAGCGGAAAGCGAAGGCGUAUAAUGUGAAUAAGGAGGGGAAAGCAGCCGAAGCGAACGGGGAAGCUGGUGCGGGAGGGCAGGAGGAAGACUCGGAAUUGCAGAAGGCGGAACAGCAAUUGCAGGACGAAGAAGAUGAACUGGAAGAGGAUUAUGAGGCUUCGGGAGGGGAGAGUGAUGGCGAGGGAGAGGAUAGCGAGGCGGAAGAUGGGGAAGAAGGCGAGGAGUAUGCCGAGGACGAAGAUGGCGAGGAGUAUGAUGAUGAUGAAGGCAUGGAGCAUGAGGAAUAA